AUGCCUGCGGACAUCAGGUCCUUCUUUGGGCCAAAGGGAGGUGCACCGCCCAAGCCCGCGCCAAAGAAGGUCGAGGAGCCGCCCAAGAGUCGGAGAGGCAGAAAGGUCGUCGAAGACAGUGACGACGAUGACGAACCUGCACCUGCACCAAAGCCGGUAGCGAAGGCUGCUGAGAAGAAGAGGAUCAAGAACGAAGAAAUCAAGGGCACAGAGACUACCGCCAGCGACUAUUUUGCAUCCUCUAAGUCAGCCAAGCCUUCGAAGGCCGCAUCCUCGCCGAAGAUCGACCGGACGAGCAAAGUGAAGACCGAAACGGAAGUCCGGACAAGCCCACGCACCAAGAAAACUGCCGCGAAGCCCACCGAGGAGCCAUCCAAGAAUGGCACAACAGUGCCAAAGAAGCGCAGCACUACAGCUUACAAGAAGUACGAUUCGGACGACGACGCAGAUGCCUACGUUGACGAAGACGAUAACGAUGACGAUGGCGACAUCUUCGCCGCUGAUAUCAAAGGACGGAAUAAGCGCAAGAACGACGAUUACGCAGAGGAUGAGAGCGACGACGAGGUACUGCCUAAGCCCAAGCGUGUGGCCUCUCGAAGUGCUGCCAGUUCGGCCCCGGCCAAGAGCUCCAAGGCAGCCGCCGGCACCAAGAGGCGCAAGACUCCUGAAGAGGAAUCAGAGGAUGAUGAGGAAGAGCAACCGCCGCCAAAGAAGAAAGCUCCAGCAAAGCCUCGUGCUCCGAGGGCGAAGAAGGCCGAUGAGCCCGAGGAUGCUACUUACCAGUCAAUCUUGGACGACAUUCCCAUGGUCCGACCUCCUACGCCUCCUGCAAGGGACCCGAAUGCCAAGUUUGACUGGCGCAAGGCGAAUGCUGGCGGUGGCAACAGCAGUGUCGCGCCACCAAACGCCGGCGCUGCAGAGCUGCCCGUGGGCGAGGAUGAGUGUCUCUCCGGACUAACGUUUGUCUUCACUGGUGUGCUCCAAACCAUUGGUCGAGAGGAGGGUCAAGCCUUGGUCAAGAAAUACGGCGGAAAGGUCACGGGAGCCCCGAGCAGCAAGACGAGCUACGUCGUGCUUGGAGACGACGCUGGUCCCAGCAAGCUGAAGAAGAUCAAGGACAUCGGUAUCAAAACGAUCAAUGAAGAGGGCUUGUUCGAACUCAUUCGGCGGCUCCCAGCCUACGGUGGUAGCGGCAAAGGUGCCGAGAAGGCUCGAGAGAAGAAGAAACAGGAAGAGGAGAACGUCAAGAAACAGGCGGAAGAGAUGGAACGCGAGGAGAAGGCGAGAAAGGCCGCGGCAGAAAAGGCUGCAAAGCAAGCUGCUGCUGCUCGUGGCACAACUGUCUCUACUACUCCAGCGGCAGCUCCGGUUCAGCUGUUGACUUCCAAGUACGCGCCAACCCAGCUGAAUCACAUUUGCGGCAACAAAUCGCAGGUCGAGAAAAUCCAGGCCUGGCUUAGAAACUGGGCAAAAGCAAGGAAGUACGACUUUCAAAAGCGCGGUGCAGAUGGAAUGGGUGGCACUCGCGCCAUCAUUAUCUCUGGCCCCCCUGGUAUCGGCAAGACAACUGCCGCUCAUCUUGCUGCGAAGCUCGAAGGCUUCGAUGUCAUCGAGAGCAAUGCCAGCGACACUCGCAGCAAGAAACUUGUCGAAAACGGUGUGAGCGACAUCAUGAAUAACACAUCACUCAUGGGCUACUUUGCCGGCGACGGCAAGCAGGUUGAUGGAGUCAAGAAGAAUAUUGUUUUGAUCAUGGAUGAGGUCGACGGAAUGUCCGCCGGCGAUCGCGGUGGUGUUGGUGCCCUGGCCAAGUUCUGCAAGAAGACCGAGGUCCCCCUCAUUCUCAUUUGCAACGAACGCAAGUUGCCGAAGAUGAAGCCAUUCGACUUCGUUGCAAUGGAUAUACCAUUCAGACGCCCGACAGUGGAGCAAGUGCGGUCCCGCAUCAUGACAAUUUGCCAUCGCGAAGGACUGAAGCUCCCUGUCCAGGUCGUGGAUGCUUUGAUCGAGGGCAGCAACAAGGACAUCCGGCAAAUCAUCAACAUGAUCUCAACAGCGAAGCUCGACCAAGCGUCUAUGAACUACGAUCAAGGCAAGGCGAUGACGAAGGCUUGGGAGAAGCAUGUUGUUCUCAAGCCAUGGGAUAUUUGCCAGAAGAUGCUCGCCGGAGGUCUCUUCACACCGGCCAGCAAGACCACCUUGAAUGAGAAGAUCGAGCUCUACUUCAACGAUCACGAGUUCAGUUACCUGAUGAUUCAGGAGAACUACCUUCGAAGCAAGCCAAUGGCGCUCAACCACAAGGGCUACAACAAGAGGGAAGAGAAUCUCAAAUACCUCGAACUUGUCGACCAGGCAGCUGAAAGUAUCAGCGAUGGUGACUUGGUCGAUCGUAUGAUUCAUGGACCCCAACAGCAGUGGAGUCUCAUGCCCACACACGCUGUCUUCAGCACUGUUCGACCCUCCAGCUUUGUUGCUGGCCAGCUCAUGGGCUCCAACUUCACAUCCUGGCUGGGCAACAACAGCAAGACCGGUAAACUGAGCCGCUUCGUCCGUGAGCUUCACUCUCAUAUGAGACUCAGAUCAUCCGGCGAUGCCAAUGAAAUCCGUCAGCAGUACCUGCCAGUGCUGUGGGACCAACUCAUCCGUCGUUUGUCGGUGGAAGGCAGGGAUUGCGUCGACGACAUCAUCCAGCUGAUGGACAGCUACUACUUGACGCGAGACGAUUUCGAUGCCAUUCAAGAAUUGGGCGUUGGGCCACAAGCUGAAGGCCGGGUUGACAUCGAAUCGAAGACGAAGGCGGCAUUCACACGAACUUACAACGCAAUGUCUCACCCUAUUCCCUUCAUGAAGGCCAGCAACGUUUUGGCGCCAAAGAAGACCGCCAAAGAAGCACCUGACCUUGAGGAGGCGAUUGAGGAGGAGGACGAUGCAGAUGUUGUUGAGCCUGUUGAGGUUGACGAGGAUGAAAUCGAUCUGAAGAAGGACAAGUUAAUCAAGCAGCCUAAACCCAAAGCUAAGAAGGCCACGAAGAAGGCCAAGGAAGAGGACGAGGACGAGGAUGAGGAUGCCAAACCCAAGAGGGGUCGGCCCAAGGGCAAGACCACUGCAGCAAAGGGCAAGGCAUUUGUCAACGCGGCUGAAGCAGUUCGCGCCCACAGCCCUCAUCAGCUGUCAAUGAUCGAGGAGGCGUCGCGCGAAUCGACCACCACGCUUGCAACACGCGGUGACAAGAGUGGCUCCGAAAACCACCUUCCCGGAUACUCUUCUGAGCGUAUUCCGUACCAGGACUAUGAUUGCUCUGAUAUUCCCGAGGACUACAUGCAGGGUAUCGAGUGCGGAGCUGACGAAGCGGCUUCCAACGUCGGCCCUCACGAUUUGCAUCGUCUGGGUCUCACCCAAAAUGCCGCGGAAACGGUGCUGUACGGAGCUUGGGAGCAAGACAACAAUCUGGAAGAUCUCAAUCGUUGUUCCACUCCUGACACUGUAAUUCACUACGAUCUCGAUGAGAUGGAUGAAGAUCGGAUGGCUUUCUCCUCCACAUCCUCGGCGGCCUCAUACCAGCUCUCGUCUCGAAAAGAGCCGAUUGCACAGAAUGCCAGCUUCAGGAUGGUUGGCUCUCCGAGAGCGAGAGACUGGUCGAUGUUCCAGAGCAACCUGGUGGACUACGGUGCAGAUGAGCCGACCCCUCGAGUCCCUGGCUGCUCCGCGAAUCACCCUUUCAAGAAGACCUGGAAAUUGACAGACUCGAUGGUAAUCGCUUACAAUGCGAUGCGGGGCCCUAUGCUGCUUCCUGGCAAUGAUGCUCUGCGCAAUUGGAUGGUCGUUAAGGCGAACGAGACCAUGAACGAAUCUGUUCACCAGGCUCGCCAUGCUACUGAACAAGGAGAAAAGCCCGAGCAGCAGUCAGACUGGUCUCUAUACGGAAAGAGAACGGUCAAAAAUGCUGAUGAAGAGGUUGAAGAUAGAACGGGCCAUCAAGCGCCAACAUCGCCUCAGAAGGGGACGUCCAAGUCGCACUGCCUCGUUUCCGAAGAAAAGGGAGAGAUCGAAGACUAUGCAAAGAUGCUGAGGGAGGCGAACAUGGUUACAAAAGAGUAUGCUCCUCCUGAAGCGGACCGCAAGCCUGCAUACGAGGUGCCUCGUCCUAGAUAUCUUCACUUAUCGCCAAAGUUCGAGAGAUACAAGUUCGAGGACUACAUACCCCCUGAGGUCUCGGUCCCCGAGUCCGCGUACAGACAGCCCUUCGACCCCGACCGUGAUUUCGUCGAGGAAUUUGACAUUUCGGAUGACGAAGGUGACCCGGACUCGGGCCGUAUCUCGCCCUGCACCUUCCGUCUUCUCGCGGAAGGCUGCUUUGAAGGAGACCCGAAGGCUAACCAAGUCUUUAUGGCGGAUGAUGCCCAACGCAUGCGCCCUGAGACGCCAACUGAUGACAGGUACAGACGCAUCUCCAUCGACAGGCUUGCCGUCUCAUUUGAGCUCCAGAGAGACGUGAAUGAUGGCGGAUGGCUCACUCCGUGUUACUCUGUCGAUUCCGAGCCCUCCAUCAUCUGGACUCCUCCAGGGGUGAAUCUCAAGCACAAGAUGCGUAACUGGUGGUUCGGUCUCUUUGAUCGCAUGGACCCCAUUGCAGCCCGCAGUUUCCGCAAGAUUCAAUUCCGCGAGGCCAACGAUCCCGUCACGCCUCUCGAGACGAGCUCCGAACGCUCCGCUCUCUCCUCCAAUACCUCCAGUGAAGGAGACGACUACCGCAAGCCCUACACCGAGGCCGAGAUCCUCGAAGUGCUGCACGACCCUUCGAGCCGUCGCGUGGCAGGCGUUGCCCCUCAGAACGCACCGCUCAUCCUCUCUCAACGCUGGCAAACCGUCACCCGUUGGAAGGCUCAAGAUGAUGAGGUCGCGCGGGAGAACGACAACAUGCGCGGUGCCAUCGAGCGCGCCAAGAUCGAACUGCGCGAGAUCCGGCUGACAGUCGACCAUUUGCUGCAGAAGAAGGCAGCCGAGGAGAUGGCGAUGCGUCAGCGCAAGCAUAAACGGAUCCUGCGCCAAGUCUCGGCGCAUCUGCACGAGCUGCGUUACGAGAUCAAGAGCAAAUUUGACGCGCUUAAACAUGCGCAGACUCAAAAUCAGAGUAUGAAGGCCGAGUUGGCGCUGCUAGAGUGGCAGAUCAAGAAUGAGUGUGCGAGGGCCGAGUUGGCGAGUCCCGAUGACGUUCGGAAGGCGGUCUCGGAGCACUUUCGGGACAAGAUGGCUAAUCUUGACCUUGCCGAAUGCUUCUGA